AUGGAGAAGGCGGGCUCCCUGCACGCCUCGGUGCCGGCGCCGCCGCCGCGCCUCUACCUGCCGCGCCACUUCAGCUGCACCGCCUGCCUCUACGGCAGCCUGGCCGAGCAGUGCAAGGGCGGCUGCAGCCCGGAGCCCGAGCCGGUGGAGGCCCCCUCCUCGCCGCCCGUGACCCGCGAGGCCAGGAAGGCGCCCCCUGCUCCGCGCUCGCCCUCCCCGCCGCCGCCGCCCCCCUCGCCCUCCUCGCCCUCCUCGCGCGGCCGGGAGCCCACGCUGCCCCCGGUGCCGCCCAGCCCCACGCUCCGCCGGCGGGCCAAGUCGCUGCCCACCCCGGGCGAGCGGGGGCUGCGGCCGGCCCUGCAGCAGAGCCCGUCGCGCCGCAAGACGGUGCGCUUCGCCGACGCGCUGGGCCUGGAGCUCACCGCCGUGCGCCACUUCUGCCAGGCCGACGUGCCCGGGGUGCCCGCCCUGCCCGCCUCGCCGCCGCCGCAGCCGCCCCCGCGGGCCGCCGACCUGCUCAAGACGCGCAAGCCGCCGGCGCUGGGCGAGCUGGGGCCGGUGCGGUUCGGGCCCCCCGCGCCCCUGCUGGAGCCCCUCUUCCCGCCGCAGCCCGGCGCCGCCGCCGGCUUCCUGGAGCGCGUCCGCCGGCGCAAGGUGCAGCUGGAGGCGGUGCGCGCCGAGGCGUCGGGGCUGCGCGGCUCGGUGCGCGUCCUCAACGUGGCCUACGAGAAGGCCGUGUCGGUGCGCUACACCCUCAACCGCUGGGCCAGCUGCAGCGAGGUCCCCGCCGCCUACCUGCCGCCGCCCGCGCCCCCGACGGGCCGCCCCGCCGCCGCCGCCGCCGCCCCCGACGGCCUCACCGACCGCUUCGCCUUCCACCUGCCCGUCGGCGCCGGCGCCGCCCUCCUGGAGUUCGCCCUCCGCUACCGCGUGGCCGGCGCCGAGUACUGGGACAACAACGACGGGCACAACUACAAGCUGCGCGCCAGGCAGAGGCCGCCCGCCGGCCAGGAGCCCGACGGCGGCGGCGCCUGGGUCCAUUUCAUCUGA